UGUGUUAUCUAAGCUAUGGCGAAGCAAGUGUUGGUAAAAGUGCGUCCGUCCGCCAGCUUAAUACUCUUGGCUAAGGACAACAGCAUUGCGCCAUCGAUCUUUGAUUACAAUGCGCUGCUUUUAACACGUAACUCCAAAUCUAGUUUUAUGCCAGACUCUUCCGUCUUUCCCGGUGGCGUUUGUGAUGCAGAAGAUAGCUCGCCCGCUUGGUUAAAACACUUUCAGCGUUACGAUAUUGGUGCUGCCAAAUUGCGUGAACUAUGUCCGAUUGCAUCUUCACUGACGGACUCCAGCAAAGAGACUCUCAAUUCUGCGAUAUCGUUGCGUCUGAGUGCCCUGCGUGAAACGUUCGAGGAAAUGGGAAUUUUACUGUGCCGGGAUCGCAAAACAUUGACCAGCACCGACGGCUAUGCACAGUUUAAUGAACAAUUUGAUCGCAAACACUGGCAACAUGAGGUUCACAAUAAUCCGAGCAAGUUCCUCGCACUUUGCGAGGAGCUGGAUGUACUGCCGGAUCUGUGGUCACUGCACGAAUGGAGCGCCUGGCGCACACCCUCCACGUUCAAGUCCAGGCGUUUCGAAACUACCUUCUUUUUGACGGCGCUUAAGGAGCAGCCCAAAGUACUGAGUGAACCCAAUGAGGUCAAAGAUUAUGCGUGGCGCUCGCCUUUGGAUUAUCUAAAGUCUGCGAUAAAAAAGCAGGUCUGGUUGCCACCGCCGCAAUAUUACGAGCUGUCGCGUUGUCUCAACUUUCAAUCGUUGGAACAACUACGUCAGUUCGCUCAGCUGCGAGGAGCCAAGUGCAAUGUGCUCAUCGCACAGCCAGUUCUUUACCAAUGCACAGAUGGGAUUGUGCAAUUACUACCGGGUGAUGACAUGUAUCCUGAUAAUCCGGAUGCCAGCACCGAUAGAAUCGAAACUGGCUUGUCCACAGAGGCUUUCCGGGCUUUGGCCAAAAAUAACGUUAAUCGUACCGAGAAUAAGGAUAAGUACGAAACGCGGCUGCUUAUUAACUAUCAUCUCGCCGAUGGACAAAUUAAUCCCUUGGAUCCAAAAGAUUUUUAAUAUCAAAAUGAACUAUUGUUAUUAUUGUUCAUAAAGUAAAUUUAUUAUCAGUUUUAACACGUUGUAGAUAAUUCAAUUGGUUGUCAUUCCACUAUUAAUGAAUCAACUUUUAUGUGCAUUUGUUAGUUUUAGUCUAUUGAAAGUUCCUCAAAAUGGAAUUCAAUAUACAAAUAAAAAAAUAAUAUAUUGUUGAA